UCUAGUUUUUGCAGUGCGCUCCGGAGGUUCACCGCGUUAAGUUAAGAGACGUAACAGACUGAUUUUUUUUUUAGAAAAGAAACGAGAAGAUAUGCAAGAAUAAUAACGAAAGUGUUAUAUUGCAUCUGUUUUCAUCGGCAGUGGAGUUCGGAAUAUACCUUUUGCGAUUAAAAAAUAUCUCUGCCUUGGCAGGGGAAGCUGGGAAGGAAGCGCUGGUGUGUGAGAAAGGAACGGUUUGUUGCAUUUAUUUCCAAGCACUCAUACAGUAUGAGGUGCAGCUAUGGCAAGAAGGGGUAAGACAGUAGUGAGGACCCUGGAGGAUUUAACGCUUGAUUCGGGUUAUGGUGGUGCUGCAGACUCCUUCAGGUCGUCCAGCUUGUCAUUGUGCUGCUCAGAGACGCAUCUUCCCUACGCACAUGGAGGGAAUUGCUGGCAUUUAACUGACUCCAUGCACAGUCGACACAACAGCUUGGACACAGUCAACACCGUCCUGGCAGAAGACACCGAGAUCCUGGAGUGCUCCGGCCAGUGCGCUAAGCUACCCGAGCUUGAAGAUGUACCCUGGAGUCUCGGGGAGAUGGAGAACGCGAUCAAGAAGGAUGAAGAGUUACGCGUGGGGAAUAUUUCUAAGGAGGUCCUGGCCAAGCUCUCCGCGCUGGUCAGCCGAGCGCUGGUUAGGAUCGCCCGGGAAGCGCAGCGCCUGAGCUUGCGCUACGCAAGAUGCACGAAAUAUGAGAUCCAGAGCUCCAUUAAGGUGGUUCUGUCCUGGACCAUCUCCGUCAACUGCAUCACGGCGGCACUCAGCGCCCUGUCGCUGUACAACAUGAGCACAGGGGACCGCUACAGCCGCGGCAAGUCGGCACGAUGUGGUCUCAUCUUCUCGGUGGGGAAGUUCUUCAGGUGGAUGGUUGACAGCCGGGUGGCGGUGAGGAUCCACGAGUAUGCAGCCAUUUACCUCUCUGCAUGCAUGGAGAGCCUCUUCCGUGAGGUGUUCCGCCGGGUCUUGCACAGCGCCGCGGUGGAGAAAGACAACGGGAUCCCGAAGUUAACUGUGGAGUCCUUGGAGCAGGCGAUCAACAACGACUCUGAGCUUUGGGGGAUGCUGCAGCCCUAUCAGCACCUCAUCUGUGGCAAGAAUGCCAGCGGGGUGCUCAGUCUGCCAGACAGCCUCAACCUGCACCGGGACCAGCAGCGGGGCGGCAAGGCCAGCGAUGCGCACGUGUUCGGCCAGUCGGAGCUGCGCACCAUGGAGCAGUGCCUGCUGGCCACACGCGUGGGGAGCAUUGCCGAGCUCAGUGACCUGGUGUCCCGGGCCAUGCACUACCUCCAGCCCCUGCAUGUCCGGACCAACAACAACGGGACGCCCUUGCACCAGAAGGCCACCUGCGUACACUGGGAGCCUGAAGCCCUCUACUCUCUAUGCUACUUCAUGCACUGUCCGCAGAUGGAGUGGGAGAACCCCAACGUGGAGCCCUCCAAGGUCACCCUGCAAACGGAGAGGCCGUUCUUGGUACUGCCUCCACUGAUGGAGUGGAUCCGGGUGGCGGUGGCGCAUGCAGAGCACAGGCGCUCCUUCUCAGUGGACAGUGACGAUGUACGGCAGGCAGCACGGCUGCUUCUCCCCGGGGUCGACUGUGAGCCACGGCAGCUGAAGACGGACGACUGUUUCUGUGCCUCAAGGAAGCUGGAUGCCGCCUCCACUGAGGCGAAAUUCCUGCAGGACUUGGGCUUUCGUAUGCUCAACUGCGGCCGGACAGACCUGGUCAAGCAGGCAGUGAAUCUGCUGGGCCCAGACGGAAUCAACAGCAUGAGCGAGCAGGGCAUGACCCCGCUCAUGUAUGCCUGCGUACGUGGGGAUGAGGCCAUGGUGCAGAUGCUGUUGGACGCAGGGGCCGACAUCAACAGUGAGCUGCUGUUGGAUGCCCGAGCCAACGUAGAGGGCGCCGUCCAAGAUGGAGCAGAGAACUACACUGAAACCCCACUGCAGCUGGCCUCUGCAGCAGGGAACUUUGAGCUGGUGAGCUUACUGCUAGAGCGAGGCGCAGACCCCAUGAUCGGCACCGUGUCUCGCAAUGGCAUUUCCUCAACCCCCCAGGGGGACAUGAACUCCUACAGUCUGGCCGCCUCACAUGGACACAGAAAUGUCUUCCGCAAGCUGCUGUCAUACACAGACAAGGCAAAGGGGGACGUUCUGUCCCUGGAGGAAAUCCUGGCCGAGGGCUCAGAGCUGGGUGAGAAGAAGCCGCCCCAGCUGGACUCGGCCCGUACCGGCAAGGCCAGGCUGAAGGCCCUGAAGGAGGCCAUGUACCACAGCGCUGAGCAUGGCCAUGUUGACAUCACCAUCGACAUCCGUAGCCUCGGCGUGCCCUGGACCCUGCACACCUGGUUGGAGUCCCUGCGCACCUGCUUCCUGCAGCACCGCCGGCCGCUGAUACAGGGCUUGCUGAAGGAGUUCGCCUGCAUUGAGGAGGAGGAGUACACAGAGGAGCUCAUCACCCACGGGCUGCCACUCAUGUUCGAGAUCCUGCGGGCGAGCAAGAAUGAGGUAAUCAGCCAGCAGAUUGCAGUAAUCUUCACGCAGUGCUAUGGACCCUACCCCAUCCCCAAGCUGACAGAGAUCAAGAGGAAGCAGAGCUCCCGCCUGGAUCCCCACUUCCUAAAUAACAAAGAGAUGUCUGACGUUACUUUCCUGGUCGAGGGGAAGCCCUUUUAUGCCCACAAAGUCCUUCUCUUCACCGCCUCCCCAAGGUUUAAAUCACUCCUCUCCAACAGACCUGCAGCUGAGAACACAUGCAUUGAAAUCAGCCAUGUCAAAUACAACAUAUUCCAGUUGGUGAUGCAAUACCUGUACUGUGGAGGAACAGAGUCACUCCACAUUCGAAAUACAGAGGUUAUUGAGCUGCUGUCCGCUGCGAAAUUCUUCCAACUGGACUCCUUGCAACGACACUGUGAGAUCAUCUGUUCCAAGAACAUCAACACAGAAACCUGUGUGGACAUUUACAACCACGCCAAGUUCCUGAGUACCACGGAGCUUUCUGCCUACAUUGAAGGCUACUUCAUGAAGAACAUGGUGGUCCUGAUUGAGACAGAUGCCUUCAAGCAGCUGCUGUAUGAAAAACCGCCUGAGAACACCAGCAUGAAUGUGCUUGCGGACCUGGAGAAGACGCUGGCUACACGCAUCCAUUCCAUCCACCUGUCCUCCUCCAAGGGCUCUGUUGUGUGAAGCCCCCCACCAACCCUAACCGGAACGUUAUCUGAACGUCAUCGUAAUAUUGCUGUACGACUUGCCCCUCCCCACCCCCCAUCCACCAGAGGCAGCAUCUAUGAGCCGACUAGUGUGACAUAACCCCCCAACAUUGCGGUGACAUCACUUAAACAUCCAUGUCACCCACCUGUCUUUCUCAAAGGGCUGCAUCAUAUGGGAAUUUCCGCUCAUCCAUAGCUAGCAGCCUGGUUAGUUCAUAGUCUUCGCGUUGUUGCCGUCUCAACGUGCUGCCAGAUGUCCCAUUCAUAGUCUUCUGCUAAGAGGAAGCUUCUGGAGCAUACAUGGCCAUCAGCUACGCAAAGGAACUGACUGUCCUAAACCUGUAAGAGUAGGGUAGCACUGCUGCAAUGUUCUAGCAACAUUGUGUGAAUGUUUUGGCUCCCACCUAGCUUAUUCGAAAUGCCUCGGAUUCUCCCCGACCGUGGGUGACCCACGUACAAUAUCAACUGUUAUCCAUUUGCUUCCUGGACCGGGAUCUGUCUUGUUGUCACGGAAUAUUCUUUAGACUGCACCACUGUUGGACAGAACCACUGACAACAAAUGUGGGGGUUUCCUUAGUUGACUUUUUGUUUUGUUUUUUGUCUUUUUUAGGCUACUUGUAAUUGUACUACUUGGGUUUAGAACAGACUAAUAAUUAGCAUAACAAGCACUGGUUCACAAUAAUGAAGGUCAUGCAUUCUAAAGCAGUGAUACUAUGUAUAUACUUUAACACCCAUGGCAAAGCUCCGGAACAAACAUAAUGAGAUUUUCCUUCAUAUUUUGUCAGACUGUGUAGAUGUGUGCUUUUUAUAUUGCCUGCCUUAAAAAAAUCUCAAAAUGGGAGAGUCAAUCUUGUUGAGGACCUACAGUCACGGGUGAAAAGUUGUUAACCUGGCAAGUGUCAUUCAGAAUUCCCUCUUGGCUAACGGUUGUUCCCCAGUGAGCCGGUAGCACCCGGGCAACAAAGCCCUGCUCCUGGUAGCCCACCGAUUAGCCGAGCACAUGACGCGAUGCAGCAUCUAGCCGAGACGGAGAAGUUAAGCAGUAGCAUUAGGUGCAUGCUCUCUCAUUGUGUCGCUAAUGCAUGUGGACAUUUGUGUGCAGCCGGCUUUGCCCAAUAGGAUUUGCUGAGGCACUGCUCACGUUUUCUAUGGUAAUAGAAUGGGGGGGGGUGGGGGGUUGCGGGUGGUUGGGUGUGACAGCUGCAUGUAGACAUCACAAAUGUUGAAGAUGACUGCCAAGACCUCAACGUGACCUUUUUCUUGAGGAUCUGAUACUGUAGAUGGUAGAACUUUUCCAUACAAAAAAUAAUGAAAAUGGAAGUACUCCACAUGCUUAGCUCUAGUCAUGAUGGUUAUAAACAACAUCAGCAUUGCCUGUUAAGUAAAUACUUCAGUUUAAUUCUGACGACCAAAUAAUUCUUCAAUAUUAUCGACUGGAAUAUUGGUAGGCUGGUUUAUAUUUUCGAGUCAACUUGGGUUGCCACUACUGGUCUGCAUCCUCCUUCAAGGUCCAGAAUCUCUCUUUAAAUUUCUUAAAUUGAUUAUUGUGAUCUUUCGGUACACAUGGAAUUAUACAGUUCAGCUUUUUCCACGUUCAACUUUUGUACGUUCCAGGUCCAUCCCUACUAGAUGUCUUAUGAGAGGAAUUUCUAAGGAAACCAACAUGUAAAUAUUUUAUGUAAAUCUGAGACGAAACGGUGGUUUUUCCUGUAGAUUGUGUGUGUGUGUGUGUGUGUGUGUGUGUGUGUGUGUGUGUGUACACAGCACACAUACUUCCUUUUGUUUAAUUCUUCUGAACUGUAUUGAUUUCAUUGAGUGUUACUGUACAAAUGUUACUGUUCUAAGUGUAUAACUACUUUAAUGCAGAGUUGCAUGUAUUAAGGUUUUUUAUUUAAUUUUGUUUUAUGUUUGUUUGUUGAUCUGUGUUAUGCAGCCCUAAGGAUUAUAGGUACAUGGUGUAGUGUUUUCUGUAACAAGAUAACUGUUCUGCCAUCAUAGGGUCUUCAGUCUGUUGUUUGUGUAUUUGACCUGCAGUUUAGGAAAAUAGGUUUCCAAGGUGGCUCAUCCAAAUGAUCAUACAACAAGUGGUCGUCACGUCCCCACAUUGUAAAAACACAUGUAGAUACAUGUAUAUUAUGUAUGACUGAAAAUGAAAUGUAUCUCCACUAUAAAGAUAGAUAUUUAUAUUACCAGGGCAAUCCUAGAGUAAGAGUAAAGGAUAUAUAUCUGGACUACAUUUGAGAAUGAUAUAUAUAUACACACACGCACCAUUCUGUGCUAGUGCGAUUUCAUUUUGUACUACUGCCUUGUGAGUAGGCCCUUAUCUCUGAGUCUUCGAAAGUUGAAUCAGCCAAACCCAAAGAAUGGCUUACCUGUGUUAUUGUGAACUUGCUGUUUUAAGCCAACAAAAUAUGGUCCCUGCCAUGCAAAGGAGUUUUGUGAAUGGAUCAGAUGUACUGUAUGAAAACAGGCAUUAAUGUAUGCGCUGAUGUCACUCCCCUUAACUUAACCUGUUGCUCUGGGCCCCUUUAAUGGAGUGUGCUACAAAUUUUUUCACCCAGAAAUUUCAUCUCCUACUGGUAUGCACAAUUAUUAUUUUUUAUGUUUCUAAUCACAAGUUAGAAUUUCUCCUUUGCAACAAUUUGUCUUUGGUUUUGUCAUGAUACUUUGAGGCUAAUCAUACUUCUUGUUCUGGAAUGGACACAUUAAGAAAAAAGCUUUAUGAAACUAUGACAUAUUACAGAAUACCCUUUACUAUGUACUAUUAACUUCGUGGAGUGGUUUAGAUGUGCUUGGGUAUCAGAUUUAGAUUUAAAACAUUUUUAUGAAAAAUUCCAAAUUAAGACUUUUGAAGCAGGUAGCCUGUUCUGUGUCAGCGCUACACACGGCAUAUUUUUAUGUAAUUGUCCUUUAACUAUGUACCUGGUUACUAUAAGCAAGAAGUAGCACAUGGGUGGUCACAUGACCGCAAGCUGAUUGAGAGCCUAAAAAUGUACCUAAAUGGAAAUAAUGUUACUAACAAUGCAAUAUUUUUUUAUUUGCAUGUCUUUUCGCAUUUGACACCGUCACGUCAUUUUGAUCAUAACUCAUUGUAUUAAGUAUUAAAUUAAAAUAUACCAUGUGCCGACAUCAUUAAAUUGGAUUGAUAAUUCAAAUGUUUUGUAACAGAAACUGGAGCUAAACCUAUACAAAUUGCAUUAUGCAAUACCACCUUAGAGGAAUAAAACACAAAGUAAAAUAUUCUAGAGAAAAUGCAUCAUCUAUGAGAAUCUGUAGUCUACCUUACCUUGUUGCCACCACAUUUUUCAUACAUUAAAACUCAAGUGACCUUCACAAGAAGCUAAAAAAAUAUUUUGUUAAUGUUUAGAAGUGUCUUCCUUUGGUAUGUCCUUUCUUUCAUCUUACCUGUAGAGGGCUCCCCCUGCGGAGUACACAACUAUAGCCAUUAAUGAACAGUGGGAUAGAUUUUAAAUUGAGCCCUCUGGCUUCUGUGGCUUUAUUAUUAUUUUUGGCCAUCAUCUUGUCUAGAUGGCAGCAGCUAUUUAAGUGUACUACAGUUAUAGAUAAGAUUAUUAGACAAGAUUAUGUUAACUUAUUUUAUGUUACUUUAUUAUAGGAUGGCCUUGUUAUGAGAAAAUUACCUUAUUGUUAAACUCAACUUAUUUAUGCAAUUUGCUGUUUAUUGAAGAUAUUCAUGUUACGGGUCCAAAGGCAAAAUGCAAUGUAGAAUUGAUUUCUGUGACUGUCUGUUUCCCAAAUUUAGUUUAUAUAAAACUGCAACUUACACUACAUGAUAAUUUCUGAAAUAUAAUGAACCACACACCACCUACUGGGGUGAAGCUGCUGUUUGCAGCCCUAAAGUGCAAAGAACAGUAACCAGGCAACCAUGGCAGAAAAUGAAUGCAAAAAGUAGAUGAGUAUUGAAUAAACAUUUCAGAGUGUUAUCUAUAUCGGUGAUCCUGGUUAAGGUGAUAAAGUACCACACAUCCUGCGGUGUUUUUACUAAUGAGUAUUAACAACAAUAAUCAUACAUCAUGCACAAACAGUGUUGUUUUUUAUAAAAUACAGUGACAGUGACGUACAAAUGACAUCAAAAUGAUACUAAAUUGUAAUAGCUUGAACAAUCAUUGAAGUUUUCUUUUAUUAUUAUUAUUAUUAUUUUAUUUUUUAUGGUUUUCUGAGCACUACAUGCCACAUAUUGUUCCCAAUAAUACAUUUAGGAUUAUGCAUAUUAACAUGGCAUUUAUUACAAAUAUUGUUCAAGUUCCCGCAAUCAUUACCUUCUCAGUGAUUUGUUUAUUGUACAGCAUAAAACACCUCACGGCUUCCUCCUCAUGGGUUGCUGCCACCUGGUGGCCAGGGGUUGGCAGCACAAUUGGCCUGAUAGCCCUGCUGUUGUGUAACAGAGUGAUCAACGAAAACAGAAUUUGUAAUUUUCCAGACAGAGGUCAAUGCUUUAUGGACUACAUGUCACAAUGGAUGUAGUGGAACAAUGGGUUAUACUAUAUUGCCUGUUAAAAGUCCAGAUGACAAUAUUCAAAUAAAAUAUUUAAAUUAUUUAUCCUCCUAUCAGAAGACCAGCAGCAUACUUACUCACAAACGGAGCACCUUUUUUGCUCAGUAUAUUAUAUUACAAUUAUCACCAUGGGCUGGAAUACUAGAUACUGAAUUUACAUAUAACAAAGAAAAUUAGCUUUAAAAUAUGUGAAUCUUACAAGCAAAUAGCAUAAAAUCUAUUUCACAAUUUAGCUAAACAUUUUCAUCAUAGCAUCUAUACAAAAGUUUUGACCACUUGAAAGCCAAGAUGCACGUCAGAGGUUAUUGCUGGACAUUGCCAUGGGAUUGCAGAGUGUAGUGACCUUACCCAUGUUAUUUAAAAUAAAACCAUCAAAUACAAAUGAUUAAACUGUCAGUAUGGCGCUCUUAUCCAGUAGACUUUAUUAUGUAUGGUGUGUGCUAGUUUCUCCUGAUAGAAGUUACAUGCUUGAUCAUAUUUAUUUUAUCUUGAGAGUUAGACCUGUCGACAGUGUUCAGUGCAGGUCCUGGUUAGUGCUGUUGCAUAAACCUCUUGCUUCUAUUGGAUGAGAUGCAUUUAAUUAACCUAAAGUGUAUUUUACUAUUUUAUUUAAGACCGCAUACAUUGUACAAAACAAAAGAAUGUGUAAAUACAGGACGUGGUCGUGUUCUAGUUCUAAUGUUCAACUAAAUGCAUUUGUGUACAAGAAAAUAAAAGAGUCACAAUUUCA